AUGUCGGAUCAUUCACUCACAUUAACAAGAAGAAUCAAACACAAAACCAGCUGCAAACAGAAAAAAUGGGUUUCUUUCCUUGCUCCAGAAACUCUCUACUUUUACUCUUUACCACAAUAUUCCUAGUCACCUCAUCGACAGCGGUUUCCGGCAGUAACCAUUUCCAAGAUUUCGACAUCACAUGGGGCGAAGGCCGCGGUAAAAUCCUGGAAAACGGGGAGCUCCUCACGCUCUCUCUCGACAACUACUCCGGGUCGGGAUUUCAGUCCAAGAAAGAGUUCUUGUUCGGGAAGAUCGAUAUGCAGCUGAAGCUUGUGCCCGGAAACUCAGCUGGAACUGUCACUGCUUUCUAUUUGUCGUCUGGAGGGUUGAAUCACGACGAGAUAGACUUUGAGUUCUUGGGGAACCUGAGUGGGGAGCCGUACACUGUUCAUACAAAUGUGUAUGCUCAAGGGAAAGGAGAGAGAGAGCAGCAGUUUCAUUUGUGGUUUGAUCCUACCGCUGAUUUUCAUACCUAUUCUGUUCUUUGGAAUCCUCAAACUAUCGUGUUCUCAGUUGACAACACACCCCUGAGAGAGUUCAAGAACCUGGAGAAAUUGGGAGUCCCAUUCCCCAAAACCCAGCCCAUGAAGCUCUACUCCAGCAUCUGGAACGCAGAUCAGUGGGCCACAAGAGGUGGCCUGAUCAAGACUGACUGGACUCAGGCUCCCUUCGUCGCUUCAUACAGAAACUUCAACGCUGAUGCUUGUGUCGUCUCCGAUGCACCGGGAGCAGCCUAUUGCACCUCCUCACUGGCAGACACCACCCCCUGGGAAUCACAGAAAUUGGACAUCCUAAGUGAAGAGAAGCUCAAAUGGGUGCAGCGGAAUUACAUGAUCUACAACUAUUGCAAUGACGCCGAUCGCUUUCCCCAGGGUUUUCCGCUGGAGUGCUAUGCUUAGGGAUUAGUUGGCUGUGUGCAACCCCACCCAUAAGCUAAUAUAUAUGCUCCUCAUCAUGAUCAUCCCCUUUAAUCUUAAAUUUAGUUAUGUUCUUGUAGAUAAGUAUGGGAUUAAGACAUAGUUAAGUAUUAUUAAUAGAAAGUAUUAAGAAAG